AUGGAAGUUGUUAACGUAUUAGACAGAGAAAGUGUUUCAGUUCGUAAUUUGGCAAAGAGGUUUAAUAUUGGGAAAACGCAAGCAGCUGAAAUUGCCAAAAAUAAGGAAGAUAUCAGGAGUGAACAAGAUCUUCCUGAUUUUCCAGACAUCAAAUGGUAUUCAGAACAUGUGCGUGAGAGCCAAUACUUGCUUCAAAUUGUAAAAUGUAGAAAUACAGAAUGCGGUCGUCCAAGAAGUGGCCUAUUUAGAUUACUAGACAAUAUGUUUCUUUCACCACCUGUAAAAGUAAAACAAACAGUUGAUGACUUGGUUUUGGAUGAAGGAGGGCACAUUCUUAAUCUUCCAGUCAAUUUAGCUCUACGCUCAAGUGCUUCACCCAAAGAUUUCCUGCAAAUGCCCCACGAUUAUUUUUGUCCGACGGUGACCUAG